AUGACCGAAGCAGCCGCCAGGAAGUUUCGGGCGAAACACGCUCCCCGUGAGGAAGCGGACCCGACGAAGAGCACGAAGAGCUACAAAAGCAAAAAAGUGAAGCAACCGGCGGUUCCCCGAGGCAAGGCGAGCACAAGCACCAAGGAGGAUGACAAGCUGACCGAGGAGGGCACGCAAAGGCAAAGCGCCUCAAAGGGCAAGGCAAGCGGCGCGACGGCCGCCGGCGCCCUGUCGAAGGACAACAAAGCAAAAGCAGCGCAUGCAAAGAAGACGAACGUCGCCAAGUUCACCCCCGAACAGGACGCGGUCGCCGCCAAGUUCUGCAACUUCCUCAAUACGACGUCGGCCGAGCAGAUUCUCGACAUGGAGCGCAAAUUCAUCGCUACCCAGGGCCCGAAAGAUAACACCAUCGAAGAUUUUUGGCGGAUGGUAUUUCAGGAAAACGUGGCGGCCAUCAUCUCGGUAUGCGACUAUGUCGAAGAGGGAACUCAGAAAUGUGCCGAAUAUUUCCCGGCGAAGGCCGGUGACUUCAAGAACUACGGCAAGAUGUUCGUCAACAACAAGAAGGUCGACGACAUCGUGCACACGCUGGAAGUGUUGCCCGACGGCUGCUCGAAUUCCAUCAUCACCAAGCUGAUCUUCUGCACCGAAUGGCCCGACAAGGGAAUGCCGUCGAAGGGCGGGAUCCCGCUAAAGCUGCGCCGGCUCACCAGGGAAGCCGGCACGGGAACUGUGGUGGUCCAUUGCUCGGCGGGCGUCGGUCGCACUGGCACGUACAUCGCCAUCGAGAUGGCAAUCCAGAAGCUGUUGAAGGGCAGGGAGGUGUCGAUUGUCGAAAUCUUCAAAGAUUUGCGCAACUGCCGGCCGUCUUGCGUCCAAAACACUGCCCAGUACCUCUACAUCUACAGCUCCGUCCUCGAAUUUAUUCUCACGCGCAACAUCACCCACAAGCCGACGCAAAAGAAGUUUCUCGACGAGCUGGCCGAAGUCAUGGAG